AUGAUCACCAAGAGAGAUGAUAUGAAACUGAUUUUGAUGUCUGCUACUAUAAAUUUGGAUUUGUUCAAAGGUUACUUCGAGGGAGCUCCCGUCGUACAGGUUGGUCAGUUACUUUAUUUGUGCUUCUGUGGUUCAUUUUCCAAAUCAGUUAACCAUUUAUAGUU